ACUUGAGCACCGUCUCUGAUCUUAGUGAGCUGAUUCUCGUGCAACUGACAGUUCCUUGAUCUUGAGACUUCGAGGAAACUAUGCCGCGAUCUUUAUGCGAUUCUUCUCGCAUAGUUCGAUGGUGACAGUGAAUUGUUUUCAUAUAGUGCGCGCUGCCAUUUCUCCUUAUAUGUUGCAAGAAACCGGAAACGAACCAAAGCAAUGCUCUUGCGGUUUUUCGGCCUCAGCAUCCUGAUAACACAGGCGUUCGCAACGGUCAAUCAAACAAUUGAGGUGAUACCUGAUUCCUACGUAAACGCGACCGACAACACGCUAUGGAGAACAUUAUUAGAAGAUUGCAAAAUUCCUACAGCGCAAUGCGUGGAGAGAAAUAUGUACAAAUACCUGAAACAAGUCCUAGAAUAUCCCAAAGAUUACAGUGUAACAAGUUUCCUAAAAUUCGCGAAAAACUCCUUAAAUUAUACGCAACCAGCAAACGAUGAGGGUUUGGAGGAUGAUGAGGAUCAGCAAAGAAGUACCAUAGAUGAGAUGUCGAAGACUUUUCAGGAACAAGGGUUCAAGUUUUUGAUGACCCACGACCUGGAGGUGCAGAUGCCAGAUACAUUCUUUGAGGGGGCUACUUUGAAGAUUGCACCAAGAAGCUUGGAGACCAACGGGGCAGUAGUUAAAUUGGAGUGGAUACCCAAAGAGAUUCCUGAGGAUGCUGUAGAAGGAAGGAUCUUCCUCAAGAAAAUAAAGAAGAAAAUUUCACAAAAACUGCUCUAUGCUCUGCUGGCCGUCCUAGUAGUCAUUAAAUUAUUGGCUGUGAAAUUCCUCUUUUUCCUACCAAUGCUCAUGGGUGUAGCCGCUGCGAAGAAACUGCUCAUCAAAAUCUUGUUCUUCGUCUUCCCAGCGAUAAAACACCUUUUCAAACUUUGCCCAUACGUACCUCACGGAACCAAAUAUCAUCAUCACAAACAUCAAAUAGCCCACAUACAUCACCUUGGAGGAGUCCACCAUCAUCCUCAUCACCAUGACGACGGCAUCGAGAUAAUACAUCCCCACGCUGAUGGACCACCAAUUCUUGGAGGAAGCUCUCUUCAUCAUUUCGUAGACAUUGAUCCACCUCAUUCACCUUCGUAUAAGCCACAUGAACAUGAUUUAGAGUAUUACAGUGGUGGACCAGGAUUGGGCGAAGACAUUAUAACUAACCGGAAGGACCCGUACAUGGAAGACAACGAGAUCCCAGGUCAAGGCCAUGGACGACCCACUAAGAAAAAUCCGAAGAGACCUCUUACGCCUGCAGAGAUAGAGAACAUGGUAUUGAAAGCCGAAAAGGAAGCAAUGCUAAAGGCAAAACUACAACUAGAGAAAAAACGGAUACAAGAAGAAAACGCCCUCCUCCAAGAGCAACUACGCCAAGCAAUCAAAAUCCAGGAACAGCUGAAAAUCCAACAGAUGAACAUCAUCAGCAAGACCAACCCAGUAUUCAAAAAUUCUGUACCCACAGUUCCCAGUCCGUUUCUACAGAGCCCACCACCAGCUCCAAUGGACAAGAUCUUCAACUCAAACAACGCCUUCUCUGUACCAAAUCAACUUAUGACGCGACCAAUUUUGAAGUUUACUGGUCCUCAGGCUAAUAUGGUGCCAAAUUCUGUGAUGUCUUAUCACGGGGGCGUCAAUGAGGUUCAUCAGGGAACGGCAACAGUUUCCAAACAGGGUGUUGGUCAAUCGUCGAAGGUAGCUUAUGGAGCUUCAGACAAAUUUGGUGUGCCAGUUUCUGAAGUGCACAAAAAUCAAGAGACUGCUGAUACGCCCAAGAUUGAUCUCCAGAAAGCGAUACAGAAGGCAGCUAGCAUUACCUUUGAUCCAUUUUACAGUCCCAUAUUAAUGAAAAUUGAUAAGAUACUAGUGAAUCUGGGCUAUACCGAUGAGCCUUGCAAAGAAAGACUGAUUUGUUUUAUGUAUAAAAGUCCAGAGAAGUAUAGUCCUCACAGCAACUUGCUUUCCAAUGAACUGAGCAGGGAGCCUCAGGAUCUCCAAAAACCUACCAAUCCUAACGCAGCAGUGUUGAGAUUCUUCAGAUAUUUCCAAGCAGCGAGGGAUGGACAAGAAAGAAACGAUUGCAUCAAGUUAUACACCGGUUGUAACGUCUUAGGUAGUGAAUUGUGAAACAAUAAUAACAAAAAGAAUUGAAAAAACCUAAGAAUGAACACUAGUCCUAUGCAAUUCUAAUUUAACUAUUUCCAUUAUGUAAUAGUUAACAAUUAGAUAAGAUGAUUAUUUUUAUUCGAUAGUUUCAGAAUAUUAUUUAAAAAAAAAAUGAGUAGAUUAAACAUGAGAAUCUCAGAGAGUUCUCAUUCUAACCGAUCGAAUAAUAGGUGUGUUUGUUAGUGAAUGUUUUUUUUUGCCAAGGGUUAUUUUACAUGCUAGUACUAGUUUGAUGUUUAAAAAUGCCCGUUUUGGUGGAAAUUUUGGCUCCUUCAGUUAUAGUGAUAAAAGCUCUUCAUCCUCAAUAAUUUAUUUAUUUAUUUAUUUAGGUAUUUAUUAUAGGUUAAGUUCUUAUUUAUUUUCACUCAGUCAUGAUCUACUUUCUUCAUGUCUUUUUGGAGAUGUGCCAUUUUAAGGGUUUAAAUAUUUCACUGAUAUAUGUAUAUUCGCCUCAAGGAUCAGAUAUUGCUAUCAGUAGUUUUUGCUCAAGAGAAGUAAUAUAGUUAUAAGAUUUCAAAUUCUGAUCCUAGAUAGUGACUAUACAUGAAACGUUUCCAUCUACUUCAUAGAACUGAUGAUUCAAGGUCUUACAAUCAAUGCUUAUUGUCAUUGUGGUGUUCCGUGAUACAUCUCUUGUUAUCAUGAAGUGUUGUAAAAUUUAUGGUGUUUUGUUUCCCAAUAAAUAUUGUAAUUCUG